AAUCCAUUUCAUCUCGAAAUUCAUCACUCGCAAAGUUGAUAAAUAUCUACAAAUAGAUUCUAAAUAAUGAAAAUCUGGGUGUUGUUAGCUUCCUCUUUGUUAUUAUCAUAUGUGCUCCUAGGCACAGCUGAGCAAUGCGGAUCACAAGCCGGUGGUGCUAUGUGUCCAGGAGGCUUAUGCUGUAGCAACUUUGGCUGGUGUGGCAGCUCCGACGCCUACUGCGGUGAAGGAAAUUGCCAAAGUGGUUGCCCCGGAGACGACGGUGGUGACGAUGGUGGCGGUGAUGGUGGUGAUGACCAAGAUGGUGGUGCUCUCGGUGAGAUUAUAACGAAAGAAAUGUUUGAAGCGAUGUUUCCGUAUAGAAACAGUGCCAGUUGUUUUGCUGUCGGCUUCUACACGUAUAACUCUUUCAUAGCCGCUGCAAAGUCUUAUCCGGCCUUUGCUGCGACCGGCGACGAAGAGACUCGGAAAAGGGAAGUUGCUGCUUUCUUAGGGCAAACUUCCCACGAAACUACUGGUGGAACGGGGUGGGAUGCACCAGGUGGUGCAUAUGCAUGGGGAUAUUGCUUUAAAGAGGAAAUAGGUUGCCCUGGAGAUUAUUGUCAGCCAGACGCCAGGUACCCUUGUGCUCCUGGUCAAAAGUAUUGUGGCCGAGGUCCCAUGCAACUUUCAUGGAACUAUAACUAUGGGCAAUUUGGAGAGGCCAUAGGACAGAAGGACCUGCUUUUACAAAACCCUACUGUGCUAAUAAACAACGCAACAAUGGCUUUCGAGUCUGCUCUUUGGUUCUGGAUGACACCGCAAUCACCGAAGCCUUCUUGCCAUGAUGUGAUCACCGGAGCAUGGAAACCUUCCAAUAAUGAUAUUACGGCGGGUCGGCUUCCAGGGUACGGUGUGCUCACAAAUAUUAUUAAUGGAGGCUUGGAAUGUGGUAAAGGCGGUCCGGACUCUAGGGUAGAGGAUCGAAUCGGAUUCUAUAAGACGUUCUGUGAUAAAUUUGGAGUUAGCUAUGGCGAAAACCUUGACUGCUACAACCAGAGGCCUUUCGGAUAUGGAGUCCUGGUGAGCUCAAUGUAGCUUUUGGUGCCAAAUGACAGCAAUAAUAAACAAUAAGCACUAGCUUGAUGCUUAUUAGAAUCGUGUUACCUUGUGACAUAAUGUUCUCUACUAUCGUGUUACCUUGUGACAUAAUGUUCUCUACUAUAUUAUGUGAAAUGGCAUGCUGCUUUG